UUGAUGGGUGCUCUCGUCUGGUGGCAAGCCACACACGACACGGCACGGGCACCACAUCCCCCAAGGCAAGGCGUACGUGGCACGCGCGCGUCCAUCUCCACAACGACGACCUUCAUGGCGGUGCCGGCCUCCGCCUCCGCCUCCGCGUGCGCGCGCGCCGGCCCGCCGCAGCCCCGCCACCGCGCGCGUAGUGCCGCCGCGACCGCGGCGGCGUUCUUGCUCCGCCGCCACCAGCGACCGCCACGGCAGAUAAUAAACAUCGUCGACGACCGCCGUGCCAGCUCCGAUCUCCGCUGCCGGCGACGGCUCCUCACGGCGCGAGGCGAGCGCCCGUCCCACGACGACGACGAGGACGAGGACGAGGACGAGGAGCAGACGUCGUCUGCUGGUGGUGGUUACGGGUCCUUCGGCGCGGCGGUGGCGCUGUUCAACCGCGGCGAGUACCACGCGUGCCACGACGUGGUGGAGGAGCUGUGGUACAGCGCCGAGGACCCCGCCCGGACGCUCCUCCACGGCCUCCUCCAGUGCGCCGUCGGCUUCCACCACCUCUUCAACCAGAACCACCGCGGCGCGAUGAUGGAGCUCGGCGAGGGCCUCUGCAAGCUCCGUAAGCUGCAGCUAGACGGCGACGGCGACAACGACGGGGGCGGCCCUUUCUCCCGGUUCCGGGACGAGAUCGCCGCUGUGCUGCAGUUCCUCUACCGCACCCAGAAGGAGCUCGCCGCAUGCACCGAUGAGCUGUGCUUAACCAUGGACGGCUCGCCGAGCUCGUACCAGCUGCUCGGCAACUUCGCCGCCGGCCAGCAACUGUACCGGCUGGAACUGCUGGAAGCGGAGGAGGACGGGGCUUGUUCCAGCAUACUGUUCUCUGCGCCCAACGGCGGCGGCGGCAUCGCUGCGCAAGGAGCAGCUCCUCGCCCCCAGAGAGUGAAGCUUCCAACGCUGCGUGCCACGGAGCAACAUCUGGUAGCGCUUCAGUGUACAUACGAAUAUACGUAGCUAUACCCUAGCAUUCAUUCAUGCGGGUCCACCUGCCUGCAAACGGCGAAGUCAUAAGGAUAACGCUUAA